AUGAUAGGAAACUACUUAAACUAAAAAUUUCUUUGUUGGCUUGAAUGGGAUUUUUGCUAAAUCUUCUUCAGUCAUAUUUGCAACAAGUCUAACAACAUUUACAUAAGUAUUGAAGGAUGUAUAAUUUCUUACAUUAUAUUUUUCUGCAAAGCUAGAGAUAUAUUCCAAGUUUUCUUCUGCAGUCAUGUACUCUUUGAAUUCCUUUGGGCAGGGAUGACCUUUGUACAAAGCUAACAUCUUAGGAUUAUUUAAAUCUAAGUUUUCAUAUAGAGAGCUCUAAACAACGCCAUGAUCGCGAAUGAAUGCAUUUUUAGAGUAAUCGAUGGUAGGGUCGAGAGAGUCAUACUUGUCCAUGUACCACAUACCUCCAAGUUUAUCUUUGGCUUCAAAGCAAAUUACAUUAAUUGA